GGUACCCUGCAAUGGAUGCGCCAAAGGACGCAUCUCCGGCACCGAAGCUGCACACGAGGCUGAGGGUGUGGGAGUUUGCAGACCGCUAUGUAUUUGAGCCGGUCGAUGGCCUUGCCGACCUGUACCUCUCAGUAAGCCGGACCAAUGGAUCUAUGAACCUAGUGCAAGAGCUGCCACCGCGUGGCCCCUCGGCAAAUCCAAAAGUUAGGAUAGUUUUUGGUGUGAUAGGAGUGCUCAAACUUGCAGUCGGAUCAUGCUGCCUGGUCAUCACUGACCGUGAUUGUGUCGGAUCCUACAUGGGACAUGCUGUUUUCAAAGUUACAGGACUAAAGGUUCUGCCCUGCACUACCGCAUCUUCGGCCGAGCAGAAAAAGAUGGAGACCGAGUUUUCAGACCUCCUGGAUGCUGCAGAGAGGAGUAUAGGCCUGUACUUCUCCUAUGAGGCCAACUUGACACUUACUUUACAGAGGCUAUAUGAUCUUGGCGACACGUUCAAGGCACUUCCACUUUGGAGACAGGCAGAACGUAGAUUUAUGUGGAAUGGUUACUUGUUGGAGCCUCUCAUUGAGAACAGACUGGACCAGUACCUAUUACCGGUCGUUCAAGGAAGUUUUCAGAAUAUACAUGCAGAAGUUGGAUCAGAUAAAGUACUAGUAACCAUGAUUGCACGCAGGUGCACAAGAAGGAUAGGUACACGGUGUUGGAGACGAGGUGCUGAUCCAGAGGGCUAUGCAGCAAAUUUUGUUGAAUCAGAGCAGAUAAUGCAAACAAAAGGAUAUACAGCAUCCUAUGUACAAGUCCGAGGCUCUAUGCCUUUUCUGUGGGAGCAGAUAGUUGAUUUGACAUAUAAACCCAGUUUUGACGUUGUUAGAGUAGAGGAGGCGGCUCGUGUGCUUGAGCGACACUUUCAUGAUUUACAAAAGAAAUAUGGAGCUGUCGUGGCUAUUGAUCUUGUCAAUACAACUGGUGGUGAAGGCCGCCUCUAUGAAAGAUAUGCAAAAUCGAUUGAGCCUAUUCUCAGUGAAGAUAUAAGAUUCAUACAUUUUGACUUCCAUAAAAUCUGUGGUCAUAUUCAUUUUGAGCGCCUUUCACAGUUGUAUGAUCAAAUUGAAGAUUAUCUUAAGAAGCAUAAGUACUUCCUUUUGGAUGAUCAAGGCAAGAAAAUUGUGGGGCAAACUGGCACUGUCAGAACAAAUUGUGUCGAUUGCUUAGAUCGUACUAAUGUAACACAGAGCAUGGUUGGAAGAAAAACUCUUGAAAGCCAGCUCCAGCAACUAGGUGUUCUUGGUGGUAACGAUACAAUCAGCAAUUACCCAGCUUUUGAUGCAGAUUACAAAGUUUUGUGGGCAAAUCAUGGAGAUGCAAUAAGCACUCAGUACUCUGGUACUCCUGCUCUGAAGGGAGACUUUGUCCGGUAUGGGAAACGGACUACUCAGGGAAUUUUUAAUGAUCUGUGGAAUGCACUUGCUAGAUACUACUUUAACAAUUUUGCAGAUGGUACUAAGCAGGAUGCCAUGGACCUUCUUCAAGGACAUUAUGUAUCAUCAGUUAGUCGGGACAUCGCGGUUCCAAGCAAACCCGGAGUUAUGCAGUCCUUUCGUGUUGCUUUUGCAUUGAUAUUGUGCGCUGCUGUGUUCAUGAUUCUGUCACUACGACAAGCCCGGAAUGAUCUUCGCCAUUUGGUGGUAGCACUUGUGUGGGCCGGUCUGUGCAUUGGCAUUGCACUAUAUGUCAAAAAGAACGGUAGGAAGUUCUGCAACCGACCUCGUUUUUACCUGUCACGCAAUUGACCGAUGCACGAAGGUACCUUUACAUGUAUGCCGAGUGAUCACGGUAGCUUGUCGCAAGCUUCUCACAGCAUCUUCUGUUAUGUGAAGAUUUAUUCCUAGAAUUUUUUUUCUUUUCUUUUCUGUAGGGCACUUGCCCUCCCCAAUUUUGUAUCAAGGUCUAUUCUGGCACACCCUCCCCCUUCCCAUUUUUGGAUCGGGUUUAACCCCGCCUUCCUGCAAUUUUGUAUUUAAAUUCUGUCCCUGUCUCACUACGGCACAGUUUGUUUAGUUUGGCAUAAUUGUAAAUCCCCAUUGUGAUACGAUAGCAAUGAAUUGAUGCACACGCACUAGUAUUUGAAA